AUGAUCAACCGGCUGGAAGAGACCGGUAAGCCCAUUGAAAACAACGUGGUGGUGGCCGGUAUCGGUUGCUCCGGUAACCUGGUGCAUCUGCUGGAAGGCCAGCAGCCUUACGGGUUCCACGGGAUUCAUGGUCGGACCCUGCCAGUGGCCAUGGGCGUCAAGAUGGCCCGCCCGGAGCUGAACGUAGUAGUGGUUGCCGGCGACGGCGACUUCCUCAGCAUCGGCGGCGAGCAUAUUGGGCCACAGGCGGCCCGCAACCUCAACAUCUGUGCCGUGGUGAUGGACAAUGGGGUUUACGGCCUGACCAAGGGCCAGAGUUCACCCACAACCCACUUGGGCACGGUUACUAGUUCCACCCCUUACGGCAAGAUUGAGGCGGAAGCGGACCCCCUCGAACUGUAUUUGACUCUAGGAGCUUCCUUCAUUGCCGCAGGCUUUUCCGGACAGCCCAGGGAAUUGGCCAAGCUGAUUAACCAGGGAAUGGACCACGAAGGCUUUGCCAUGAUUCACGUCCAGUCCCCCUGCACGACCUAUAACGACACCUUCGAGUUGAUGAAGGGCAACGCCCGCAAGGGUAUUGAGCCCCUGCUCUUUGAAGUCCCCGAAGACCACGAUGUUUCCGACCGGGGAGCAGCCUUCGACCUGAUCCACCGGCGCGGAGUUCCCAUGGGGUUGAUUUACAAGGACGAGGAACGCCCCUCGCUGGAACAGCGCCUUCAGGAAGUCCGGGGUCGCGCGCCCCAGCGCUCCGUUGACGAGUUGAUGGACAGCUUCGCCUUCUAG